AUGAAGGAGACAGGAACGCCGCUCAUAACCAUCAAGGACAUGCAACCUGAUGUCUUCAAGGCCCUACUCCAUUUCAUCUACACUGAUUCAUUGCAGAUCACGGAUGAUCUCGAGGGAAAUGACCGCGUUGAGAUGCUCCAGCACUUGCUCGUGGCUGCUGAUCGGUAUGAUAUGGAAAAGCUAAAACUGGUAUGUGAGAGAAUCCUUUGCGAUAAUCUUGAUGUGGAGAAUGUUGCAACUAUGCUGGCUUUAGCAGAUCAACAUCAUUGUGACAUUCUAAUUGAUGCUUGUGUUGAAUUUAUCUCCUCUCAGAAAAUUAUGGACUCUGUAGCGGCAACCAAGGGUAUGCGAAUCUGA